CCCUUAGCUGUGCCAUCUCAAAAUUCAGUUGAACAUUGAAAUUCGAACUCUUCGGACUGUUACAAAUCGGAACAAAAAUUCCAAAAUAAAAAUAAAUUUUCCAAAUUUUUUUAAGCAAAAAUCACAAAUCAUGUGCAGCUAUCCCUGUUAUCCUUGCGCUGCCCUGUGCCCCUGUGGCGGCAGUGGACCUAGUGGCUUCUACGAUCCUUGCUUUGGGCCCUACAAUGGUCCUUUCAACUCCUGGUGCGGGGCAAGUGGUCCUGGCUUUUGGGGCGGCCGUUGUUGCUAGUUGGAAAUCAUUAUGAAAUAGCUGCCAACGAAGUGAAAUCAAAGGCACCUAAAACAGCAAGCUAGAAUUGGAAAAUAUUUAUUUGAAAACAUAAUGGAAUUGAUGUAGCAGUCGUGAAGGUCGAAUUUUGAUUCAAUAAAUUGACCAGCAUCGUA